AUGGAUCCGAUAGACGUCGAUAUUGACGACCGGGGCGACGCCCUUGACAACAACGAGGAGUGGAAUCAACAACAACAGCGUAAGAACGAUCAGCAGCUGCACGGGCAAGUAAGUCCCGCGCGUGACGGCGCAGCCAAUGACAACGCUGUGGAAAGGGGGGAUGGCCACACCGGGAAAGGCGGCGAUGAGCCUAUGCUGGGAGGAAACCGUGAGGUUUCCCCGAAGUCCUCGAAACGUAAACGUUCCGUAUCUGUCGACAAUGCUGAGGGCGGCGAGGAACCCCAGGGCAACGCCGCAGGUCAAAAGGAGCGUGGUAAGCAGGGCCAAGGACGGGAAGGCAGGCGGAGGCACAAGUUCAGACGGACCUUCAACGAAUCGGACAAUAGGAUGCCGCAGGGCUCGGAGCAGAGGCAUCCGCGUCACCACUCUACGUGGAACCCGGAAUUGGGCAAGGCGAAACGGUGGGACACUGCGAUCAUCACGGCGCUCGACGCCUAUGACAACGCCAAGCAGGACAUCAUCGAAGCCGCGAACAUUCUGGAGGAGGUCAAUGACACCAGCAAGCCCGCCAUUGCCACUUUCGAGCGCUGUGUAGAGGCGUUCCCGGUCAAAACGGCCGCCUACGCCAGCGUGGUCGGCAUACUGAAGGCCAAGGGGAAAGCGACCCUGGCCGAGCACAUCGUGCAGCGCGUGCUCCACAACCUGGUGUCGAGCAUUUCGUCGGGGAACAGGAUAGCCGCCAUUCACAACAUGCGGUUCCUCAUUGGCACCCACUGUGCCGGAUUCGAGUCGUGCCAGACCAUGCAGAUCAUCGAGGCGCUGAUCAAGAUUGCCAAGAACAUCGAGGAGGCGGAGUUCGAGAGCCACCGCAAGUACGUCAACGCGGUUGUGGCUGCAGACAACCUCAUCUACAUCGUGAUGGCCAGCUUGCCGUGGUUCAGCCGCGACGAAUACACGAAGCACAAGAAGCAGAUACACGCCUUCUGCGACGAAAUCGCCGCCUACAGUGACCGUAGGAGCUACAAGAUGGAAAGGGUCGCCAGCGACCUGAAGCGCGCCGAUAUCGACCCGUCAAACGACGACCAUCUGCACAACCCGUACGCGUAUAUCGCCGCAUACAAUACCUACACGGACGAUAUACGGAUCCAGGAUAGGCUGACCACAGGGGUCGAGUGCCUCCGGUCGCUCAGGGAGCACGAUUGGAUCAACACCACCACCUUCAGGUUCUACCAGAGCAAGGGUAUUGCGGAGCACAUCUUCGUUGAGAACGCCGAGCAUGUAGUUGCCGAUGAGGUGGCGCAGGUCACGCAGGAGAUCCUCCAGGCCAUCUUGCAGAUCGAACACGAUAAAACGUGGAACUUCAAACCCGUUCCGUUCAUGCCGUUGAAGUUCGAGCCGCUCGACGAAAAGCACGACAAGAUCAAGCCACACGACAGGUGGAUCUUUGACGAGCACGUGAUCCAUACAAUCCACGUCUUUAUGGAUGACACCGCGCUCUGCGCGAGGCAGCUCAUCAAGAUCCCCUUCAACCACCAGUACGCCGACUGCGCGAUCAUGGAGAUCCUGUUCAACAUGAUGCUCUCGCCGAUAUACAGGCAGCACUUCAGCAUGUUCGCCAUCCUGGUGAUCCACAACCUGUGCAACAUCGAGCACAAGCUGGAAGGCGUCUUCCAUGACCUGUACUCGCAGCUCACGGACGACAUCCCGCGGCUGGACCCCGCCGUGGUCUCGGACCUUCUCACGGUCGGCGCCUACUGGUUCAGCGUGGAAUUCUGUAAGGUGAGGAGGCUGCCUCUGGCCAUGAAGCUGUACCGAUCGAAGCACAAGGCGGAUGGCAGCGGCAUGGACGUCGAAGACGACCGGAACGACCAGGCUGACACGGAGCAGGUGAAGGAGGCCAUUAGGAUGAAGAACAAGAACCUGUUCAACGUGAUGUUCAAGUACAACAUCAAGUCUCCUCUGAACUUCAACGAGAGGCUGCUGGACAAGAUAUCCAGGCUUGUUUACAUGGACCGGCUGCUGGUAUUCUCGCCGGAGGACCUGAAGGACAGCGUCCGGGCAGCCGUGCAGCUGCCGCCCCCGAACGUGCAACACGCGUUCCGCGACAAGCCCAUCGAGCACAAGGUCUUCCUCAACCUCUUCCAUUUCAACAAGCUCACGGCGGAGGAGAACGAGCUCCGAAACCGCCGCAUUGAGGGCUUCAUCAACAACCUCGUCGGGAAGGAGCCGCUGAAGGAGUUGCCGCCCAACGUGUUUGCGGAGAACAAGAUCCCCGACGUGGAGAUGACUGACGAGGCGGAUGCGGCGGACCCCACGGUGAAGCGCUGGAGCAGGGAGGAGCUCAUCCUCAUCUUCUGGGAGUCCCUGCUCAUCUUCGGCAACAAGUCGUUGACGCACCUCAUGCGGCUCCUGGAGUUCCACGGGGAGGUGCUCAAGAGGUUCGUUGACAACGAUCGGGAGGGCGCGUUCCAGGACUCAAUCACAUUCAAGGCGCUCAAGCUGACGCAGCAGACGCUCAAAAACACGAAGAAGUUCGAGCUGGUCACUGGGGAGCUGCUGAAGUUGAAUGUUAUAUCCCCUGCGGAUGCGUGCAGGUUGGUGUUCCACCACUUCCCGAGCGCCGAGUUCUUCUCGAACCACUCCCUGUGCAUCAUGGACACCGCGUUCGAAGUUGCGCGGGAGCGCGUGGAACACGCACGCACGCGCAUAGGGGAUUCCACGGGCAACCCCGAGCUGCAGCGCGUCGCGCUGGAGGAGCGCGAAAACUGGAUGCGCCAGCUGACCCUCACGCUGCUGGAGCUCGCCAACAACUUCAUGGCGCAGCGCAUGGGCGAGCAGCUGGACUCCAGCUUGGCCAGCAUCGUCAAGAACGUGCUGCUCAAAAACGCCACGCACUCGUAUGCGUUGGCGUACGCUCGCAACGAGGCUGCGGAGCGCGGGUUCCACCGCAGCCUCGUUGCCGCCGUGGACCUGGCGCUGCUCGUGCAGAGCAUCCAGACGCCCUUCUGA